CUCUUUUGUUUGUUUCUUCGUCGACUGUUGUGGCCUUCCUCAAAUUGAAAAAUUGAAUCUAUCUCUCACACGCUAGAGUCGAUAUCGUGGGUUCUCUCCUUUUGAAUUUCGAGUCCAAAUAUCAAUGGAAACCCUACUAACUGAGUGUGUGCAAAACAGCCUGGGACAUUUUAUGUACCACAACGCCAUUUUCAUGUGUGAACGACUCUGUGCCGAGUUCCCCUCUGAGACAAAUAUGCAGCUUUUAGCUGGCUGCUACCUACAGAACCAACAGGCUUAUGCUGCAUAUCAUGUUCUGAAGGGGACACGUAUGGCUCAAUCCCGCUACUUGUUUGCACUAUCAUGCUUUCAGAUGGGUCUUCUCACUGAAGCUGAGACAGCGCUUUGCCCACGUAAUGAGCCAGCUGCAGAGGUUCCAAAUGGUGCCGCUGGGCAUUACCUUCUUGGACUUAUUUACAGGUAUACAGAUAGAAGAAAUAGUUCCAUCCAGCAUUUCAAUCAGGCAUUGUUAUUGGAUCCAUUGCUAUGGGCUGCAUAUGAGGAGUUGUGUAUACUAGGUGCUGCAGAAGAAGCAGCUGCAGUUUUCGGGGAAGCAUCUUUGCUUUGCAUUCAAAAACAACACUUAUACCAAGGGAACCAAUCGCAAAAUCUACAAGCAUCUACUGAUGAUCAGUAUGUAGCUUCUAAGAAUAUUGUCUCAGACGACAUCAGCCCUAGGCAAUCAAAACAUACACACAGCAAUAAUCUUCGAGAAAUUUCUGGAAAUUAUAAUGGAGCAGCUGCUAUCCAGAAUUUAGGUGGGGCUUCUACUAACAUGUCAUUCUUCAACACUCCCUCACCAAUGGCUUCACAGUUGUCAGGAGUGGUUCCACCUCCAGUUUGUAGAAAUUUUCAGCAAAAUGGAACUAAUGCAUCUGUGGCUGGUGCUGAUAAUUCUCCGCGAUCAACUGUCAAUUCAACCAUUCAGGCCCCUCGGAGAAAGUUUGUUGAUGAGGGAAAGUUAAGAAAGAUAUCUGGGAGGUUAUUUUCUGAUUCUGGCCCUCGACGAAAUUCAAGGCUUGCUGGAGAAUCUACUGGAAACACAAAUUCAAAUGUAUCUGCAGCUUCUGGAAAUGGAACCAUUCACUCAUCCAAAUAUUAUGGUAGUUCAAAGCUGAGCUCGAUGACUUUACGAUCCAUGACAAGUCGAAAGGCACAAUCUUGGGCUACCGAAAACUGUGGUGAAGGGACUCGGAAUGACAUUUCUGAUGAUUCUCGGCUAAAUAUGACUGUGUCACACACUUCCGGAGAUGCUAGACCUCUUGAACAAGAAGGGCCCGGAACUUCUGCUUCUGGGGUUAAUGUAAGCAGCACAUCUAUCCUCUCAGGUGCUUCAGAGAUACUGGCCCUUUUCAGGAAUCUUGGGGAAGGAUAUAGACUUUCUUGUAUAUAUAGAUGUCAGGAUGCACUAGAUGUUUAUAACAAACUCCCCCACAAGCAUUAUCACACUGGAUGGGUUCUUUCUCAGAUUGGAAGAGCAUACUUUGAAAUGGUUGAUUACCUAGAAGCAGAUCAUGCAUUUGGCCUUGCUCGUCUGGUCUCACCUUAUAGUUUAGAAGGAAUGGACGUGUACUCGACAGUGUUGUUUCAUCUCAAGGAGGACAUGAAGUUGAGUUAUCUGGCUCAGGAGCUGGUAGCAACUGAUAGAUUAGCUCCUCAAUCUUGGUGUGCUAUGGGGAAUUGCUAUAGUUUACAGAAAGACCAUGAAACUGCUCUUAAAAAUUUUCAACGAGCUGUACAACUAAAUCCUAGAUUUGCAUACGGGCAUACGCUUUGUGGUCAUGAAUAUGUUGCUUUAGAAGAUUUUGAAAAUGCUAUUAAGAGCUAUCAGAGUGCACUUCGUGUGGAUGCCAGGCAUUACAAUGCCUGGUAUGGGCUUGGAAUGAUCUAUCUCCGACAGGAGAAGUUUGAAUUUUCAGAGCAUCACUUUCGAAUGGCUCUGCGUAUAAAUCCACAGUCUUCUGUUAUCAUGUCAUAUCUUGGCACUGCAUUACACGCUCUGAAGAAAAAUGAGGAGGCAUUGGAAGUGAUGGACCUGGCUAUUGUAGCAGACAAGAAAAACCCUCUUCCAAUGUAUCAGAAGGCUAACAUACUUGUGAGCACGGAAAGUUUUGAUGCCGCUUUAGAAGUCUUGGAGGAACUUAAAGAGCAUGCUCCUCGUGAGAGCAGUGUCUAUGCUUUGAUGGGUAGGAUAUACAAGAGGCGUAAUAUGCAUGACAAAGCCAUGCUUCAUUUUGGAGUAGCUUUAGAUUUAAAACCAUCUGCAACUGAUGUCGCAACCAUUAAGGCUGCCAUUGAAAAGCUGCAUGUACCAGAUGAGAUGGAAGAUGAAUUAUAAUAUAUCUGAAUGAACCGGAAAAUGAGACGAUCAGGCUGUAAAUUAUCCAGCUCAAAAUAUACAACUACUUGAAGUUCUUGUAUGCUUGUCCUUUCGAGAAAGCUCCGGCUACAAACAAGUCAGAGAACAGUCUUUUCAUGAAAAUCCUUUGCAGUUCUCAAAGGAUUUCAUGGAUUGUUUGUCUCACACUUGAGAGGACAUUGUGUACCAAAAGAGGCUUAAUCUUCUCCAAGUUGAUUUGUGAUUGGCCGUGUUGAAGCCAGCAGGAAUUUUUCUCAGAUCUGAUGAUAAUCAUUGCUAUCAUUGUACAUAAAUUUGAAAUGUUUGUAAGGUGUGUAGUGUUAUUACUUGGGUUUUAUCAUCUAUGUACGAUAAUCUGAGUAGCUCUCAUGCGAAUAUAGAGCAGUUGGAGCUUUUUGCUUUCAUAAAAUUAUUUCAGAAAUUCAAUAUAGAAGCAAUUUAGUUGUACAUUA